GUGACAGUUGCCUGGAAACUUCAAUCUGUUUCACAUUUAUUCCAGAUCCCAGUUUUGAGAUAAAGUUUAAUAAAAAAUCUCCCCCCUUGAAUGAAAGCCUAAGCCCUCGUGCGGCUGCACCACAAUGCCCCAGCGCUGCGGAGGAGGAAGCCUUGUGUUUAACAUGUAUCUCUCAGAUCCUACAGAAAAUUUACUGAAGGAAAGUAAAGGUUCAUCGUGGAGCCCCAUAAACACAGGAGUGCAGAAAGGCAGUGGUCAGAUUCAGCUGUGGCAGUUCCUGCUGGAGCUGCUGUCUGACAGCUCCAACACAUCCUGCAUCGCGUGGGAAGGGACGAACGGUGAAUUUAAGCUGCUGGACCCAGACGAGGUGGCUCGGCGUUGGGGAGAGAGGAAGAGCAAACCCAGCAUGAACUACGACAAGCUGAGCCGCGCGCUGCGCUACUACUACGACAAGAACAUCAUGAGUAAAGUGCACGGGAAGCGCUACGCCUACAAGUUCGACUUCCACGGCCUGGCGCAGGUGUGCCAGCCCUCCUCCACCGAGCAGGCCCUCUAUAAACUGCAGACCAACUUCGCCCCCCUCCCCUUCUCAGGCAUCUCCAACAUCUCCAAACUGAACCUGGGACCCCCGGGGUUCUCCUACUGGCCCACUUCCCCCCAGGCCCUGUACCACAGCCACGGCCUGCAGCCCGGAGCAUUCAGCACUGUUGCCCCUGCACACCUGAGCUGCGUGAACAACAUCAACAACAUCAACAACAUCAACAACCACUACAACUGA